UACACCUUAGCACCAUAGCUACACUGUUUGUGUUCUCAGAGAAGACAUUAACGUCACUCAUCUUCCUCUUUUGUAGCCCGCUCUCAGAAGUCUUCAGGCAUCGGGCGUCUGAUGGUGCAUGUCAUUGAAGCUACAGAACUGAAAGCCUGUAAACCAAAUGGAAAGAGCAAUCCAUACUGUGAAAUCAGCAUGGGCUCCCAGAGCUACACCACCAGAACCCUCCAGGACACACUAAAUCCCAGAUGGAAUUUUAACUGCCAGUUCUUCAUUAAGGACCUCUAUCAGGAUGUGCUGUGUCUUACCAUGUUUGACAGAGAUCAGUUUUCACCAGACGAUUUCCUGGGUCGCACUGAAGUUCCAGUGGCAAAAAUUCGAACAGAGCAGGAAAGCAAAGGCCCUACAACCCGCCGACUCCUGCUGCACGAGGUCCCCACUGGGGAGGUCUGGGUCCGCUUUGACCUGCAGCUUUUUGAGCAGAAAACUCUCCUGUAGGGGCCUCAGGGAUCUGCCCACUGGGCUGGGGCCGGAGAAGACAACCGGUGCUGCCCCUGAGCUGGAGGAGCACCAUGCAGCUUCAUCCAUCACAAGGCCAUGCGCACUGGGGCCUCUGUUUUAUUGCACACUAAAUCGCUCGCAAUCUAUGCAAACACGAUCUUUCCUAGAAAUAAACCAAACCCCAUAGCACAGUGCCUUGUAUUAGUGUUAACAUGUUCGGCUGUGUUUGGAUGCCAAGGUUUCCAUUUUCAGGGCUAUACAAAGUAUUAUGUGGAAAUGAGGCAUCAGACCACCAGACGUUACCACUUGGUUGAAUGUGUCCACUGUGGGUGGUUUGGGUGACGCUGUAACCAUUCCACACCGUGUGGCCCCUGCUGGGUCACAGCCGCUCAGGAGGAGGAGGACUGGAAAGAAACGCUGCAGCCUCAGCUUGGGAACAGCCUGCUAUGGAAACAGUGUCCACUUGUGCACUGACUGGAACAGAAACUUGAGCAUUUUAUUCCUGACUAGAUGUUAUCAUUCUCUGCUGAGACAAUAUAGUUUGAAAUCUAAGGGAGAAAGCUUGAUCUACUUUAAAUACUGUGAACUCUU